CUUAUUGGGGUAGAUAGAAGUUACAGAGAGAGAGAGUCUGGAAUUCAUUUUCUUGGCAUUCACACUUACUCCUUCUCCUGCCACUGUUGGUAUAUCCAUUAGCUAGCCCACUGAGACUUUGCUUUCACUUUUUCAAUCACCAGAUGGCUGAGCUCUUGACAGAGACAUUCAUGUGCCAUGGCUGGAGGUGAGGAACAUAGAUCUGUUAGUAUUAGUGUUGGGUAGUUGUCUUCAUUGUUGUUUGGCAAGAAAUUAGAAAAAGAAGAAAAUCCAAACAGCCCCUUAAAAGGUCGUUAGGAGUCUCUUUUUAGUCAAAGGGCACGUUGAUUGGAUAAAGUCGCCAUCAUUUCUGAAAACUGGUAAAGUAAAGAUCAUCCACUCAUUCCUCUCAAUCCUUUUACUGUCCAUCUUCACUGAUCUUCUACUCACUCGUCAAAUCGGCCGCCGAUGGCCGGAGCAGCAUCUCAGUCCCUCUUCCAUUCAUCUCCCCGCGCCGCCAUCCGCCCUUCCCGCGCUUCUGCAAUUCGCGCCGGCGGCAACAACAACAACAACAACGGCAAAGAAACAGGAGAAAUUCGCGUCUGCACGAAUCGGGCCUGCCGCAAGCAAGGCUCAUUCCAAACCCUAGAGAUUCUCACCGGAAUCGCUCCGCCGAGCGUGUCCGUCAAUUCCAGCGGCUGCUUGGGCCGCUGCGGCGCCGGCCCCAAUGUCGCCGUAUUGCCGCGAGGCCUGAUCAGAAACCACUGCGGCACCGCCGCCCAAGCUGCUUCCUUGAUGUGCGAAUCCAUCGGCGCGAGCUCUGCCGACGUGGCGAAAACGCUGGAGGCGUUCACUAUUCGGAAGAGAGCGGAAGCGGAGAUGGAGAAAGGGGAUUUCGCAGAAGCCGAGAUCUUGCUCUCAAGGGCUAUAGAUUUGAAACCAUUUGGUGGACUUCACAUUAUGCUCAAGUUCAGGUCGGCUGCUAGAUUGGGGACGGGUGACUACUCGGGUGCUCUUGAAGAUGCUAGGGAAGCUUUGGAGCUAGCUCCUCGAUAUCCUGAGGCUUAUUUGUGCGAAGGUGAUGCUUUCAUGGCGAUGGAGCAAUAUGAUGCAGCUGAGGAAUCCUACUCAAUUUGCUUGCAGAUCGAACCUUCCAUGCGUCGCUCUAAAUCAUUUAAGAAGAGAGUUUCUAAUCUUCAAGAGAAGUUGACUGCUUCAGAGGUGCCUUGAGUGGGCAAUCGAGCGGACAUCUGAGAAUCGAAACUAUACAAGCGAACAGAUCCUUCACCGAUGGUAGUAGAUUGAAGUUUUGCUAUCCCCUUGUACUGUGGUAGUCAUGUUGUACCUACAAUGUUUUUUUAUGAAUGUGUUUGAACAAACCGCUGAGAGAUACACACCAUGGUUGUGAGUUGUGACAACUGUGUAGCAACUGGAAAUGCAAAAGGAAUUGCUGCAUCCAUAAAGUAAAGAGAUUGGC